AUGCCGUAUGAUGAUGAUGACUAUGUCGACUACGAAAACGAAGAUUAUGAUGACAGCGAGUUCGUGGAGGACAACCUCAACGACGAAGACUAUGCCCUGUUGUACGAAACCCUUCCCGUGUUGAAAGACCAACUUGGGGAUUAUAACUCAGACAUCCAGGAUGAAGAUCUCAAAGCUGUACUUUAUUACAAUUACUUCGAGGUUGAUAAUGCACUGGCCGAAAUCAGGUCCAAGUUCAAGAGGAAAAGAGGUAAGUUUGACUCAGUUUUUUCACGUCUAUUUGAUUUCUCGUUUGAUUCACCUGGAAUUUGUGUUGAUUGA